AUGUCUGAAAUAUCCAAUGGAAAUGAUGAUACCCCAUCUGAACGUACGGCUAUUAAAAAAUCCGUUCUAAAUACGGCACCUCAAUUAACAUCAAGAUGGUACUAUCCUAGAAGGUAUGUGGUGGCUCUUAUGGCAUUUCUUGGAUUUUGCAAUGUUUAUGCCAUGAGAGUUAACUUAUCCGUUGCCAUUGUUGCCAUGACCACUAAUAAAACGGUGACGAAUGAAACUGGUACCUAUGUUCUGCCAGCAGAAUAUGAUUGGAGUACCGACGUUCAAGGUGUCAUACUUAGUUCUUUUUUUUACGGUUAUAUUUUAACACAACUUCCCGGUGGUUAUUUGGCAGCAGCUUAUGGUGGUAAAAGGUUAUUCGGUGUCGGAAUUGCAGUUACCAGCCUUUUCACUCUUCUAACGCCAUUAUUUACAAAAUACAGUCUUUAUUUAUUGGUGGCUGCAAGAGUCGUGGAAGGUUUAUUCGAAGGAGUCACUUAUCCAGCAAUGCACGCUAUGUGGUCUAGAUGGGCGCCACCGUUGGAGAGAAGCAAGUUGGCUAUGAUAUCCAUUUCUGGUUGUUACAUUGGAACCGUCGUUGCUUUACCCACAUCCGGUUUUCUUGCUGAUUAUUUAGGCUGGCCUUCGAUAUUUUAUUUUUCUGGAGCGAUAGCUUACGGAUGGUCCGUAUUGUGGUUUUUGUAUAUCAAAGACAAACCUCAAAACGACACGAGAAUCUCCGAAGAUGAACUUUGUUACAUAAGGUCAACACUUAGAUGCCAAUAUCCGUACAUGAAGGUGUAUUCGCCGAUUCCUUGGAAACGAAUGCUAUUAUCGUAUCCGGUUUGGGCCAUUGUUAUUGCACAUUUCAGCGAAAAUUGGGGUUUUUACACUUUGCUAACAGAGUUGCCAACAUUUAUGAAAGAUGUUUUCGGAUACGAUCUCCACAAAUCAGGAUUGUUGAUUGCUUUGCCUUACUUAGCAAUGGGCAUUUUUGUCGUACUCGGUGGUUAUUUAGCUGACAGACUUCGAUCGAGGGGGAUGUUAUCUACGAGCAGAGUACGAAAAUUGUUUAACUGCACCGGAUUCGUUCUUCAAACCAUUUUUCUUUUGAUUGCCGCUCAUUCAACUUCACCUUUGACUUUGGUCGUUUGUUUGACUGCUGCCGUCGGAUUUGGCGGUUUCGCAUGGUCCGGUUUCGGAGUUAACCACUUGGAUAUAGCUCCGCCUUACGCGAGUAUUCUGAUGGGUAUAUCCAACACUUUUGCUACGCUACCUGGAAUGUUUAGUCCAGUUGUCACCGGACAUUUGGUUCAACACAAGACUCAAGAAGAGUGGCAAGUUGUUUUUUACAUUUCCUCUGCUAUCUAUCUCGUCGGAGCCAUUUUUUACGGUAUAUUUGCAAGUGGAGAAGAACAAUCGUGGGCUCACAUAGAGUCUGGAUUUUUCGGCGACGACGAUUCCGGUAAAACCGAUGACCUUCCAUUCGGCGAAGCUUCUUGCGAUUGA